GCUUUCGAAUUGUCAUGAUGCCCUAAUUCAUAAUAUCAUCGACCAUGCACGCGAUAUAUAAAGAACAUAUCGAUGGCCUAGACAGUUUAUUAGAGCAAUGGAAUAUCAUAUCCAGUGAGUCACAGAGUUCAAUUCAAUUCAAGUAGGCUUUUUAUAUGAUGUUGAACAAAAGUCUGAAUCUCGACAGUGUGUAAGUCAGACUGGAACUAAAGCCAAGAUAAAGGUAAUGGCACCGUGCUUUUAGGAACUCUUUGCCGCUUUACAGGGCAGCAACGCUCCACCAGAAGCUGAUUACUCUUUUGGCAUCGUGCUGCCCUGACUGGGAUUCAUCAAACGAGCUUUAUUCCCAUCAAGAGAUCUCGAGUCAAACACUGCAGCGAUCAAUAUGGCGACCAUCCCCUGGGUUCCACUAGUGACAGCGCACCUGCGGCCCACUGAACCAACCAUGCACCCAGCGAAGCUGCCGCUUGUUCCGGACUACGCGCUUAUGCUCACAGGAAUUAGCUGCAUCGCCUCGAUCUUCGGCUGCGUGGUGAUAUUCUCGACUUUCUUCAGAUUCCCAGAAUACAGGUCAAACAGCCGAAAACUCUUGUUGUAUCUGACUAUUGCGGACAUUUUCACUGCUGCGGGAAACCUUGUUGGUAUUGUGAGGUACUACAUCGUAUUCACAGUCCAUGGUAGUGUUGUAAGCGACUGCAACAACCAAAGUAUCCUCUGCAGGGCGCAGAGUUAUGUCACAACUGUCUCAAACUUGUCUUCAUUCUUUUGGAUGUGCGUCAUAAGUUUUUAUUUCAUUGUUGCUGUCGUGAAGACAACAGAGACGGCGGAGCGGAUAAUGGUGGCUAGUCAUGUGAUCUGCUGGGGGCUACCAGUUAUCAUCGUCUCUGUGGCCUUGGGGUUCAACAUCCUGGGGGAAGAUCUGUCCUACACCAGCGGUGGGUGGUGUUGGAUCUCAGAGUGCCAACAGUUAUCGAGAGGUACCAAGCUCGCGUGGAUGCUGGUGACAGGAAAGUUUUGGGAAUUUGCAACCUAUAUCAUUCUGAUUAUCAACUAUGCUCUGCUGAAGUUUGUGGUUUGGAGGCGGCGAUUUCAAGGCAACUGGCCACAAGGAGCCAACUACCUCUCCCACAACGACAAAAUGUUCGUGUUCGUUCCAAUCAUCCUAAUCGUGCUGAGGAUCUGGGGCACCGUCAAGUUUAUAUUGUCUUCAAUCUACUUGGAGGAGAACGUUGUCGGCAAUGACAUCUACACCGGACAGCAGGUGUUGACGGUUUUACAGGGCAUCGGAGACAGCGGUCAAGGCUUCUGGAACUUCAUACUCUUUUGCGUCCUCACAGAAGACAUCCGAAAGAAGGUAUUCUCCAGGCACCGCUUAUCGGACAAUUACGUUUCUGUUGAUAACAAUUCUAUAGGAAGCGUAUCUUCGUCCGGCUCUGAUACUGACGGGCCGAUGUUGCAGCCUGGGCCUUCACCACAGCUUUCGUCGCUUGCCUCGAAUGUUCGAGGGUAUAACUCAAUGAACAGCAAUCACGUGACAUAAGGUUGUGCCAUAACUUCGGAUAUGGUCAUAAAACGAACGAUGGAACAUUAUCUUUAGCAUUGGUAAUACUUAACCUCCUGUUGAAGGCCGCACUCAUACUAUUUCCAUGUUACCCAUUGUACAAAACAUCCUUUUCACAUCUUGUCACGAAUCAAUACAGUACCAUUUCCAUAUGUGUCAAGCUGCUGAGGAGGGAAAUCCACCAUUGCGAUUUGGCGAUAUACAUGUAGAGUUCAUGUUUUCACUUGUGUCACUGUUCACAAUUCAUGCGUGUCAUGAAGAACGAACGAGUCACUUCCAAAGAGCGGGCUACAUACGAUUCACGAUAUCACUUUUCACCCUCACGGCGAUUUCACCAGCCUAAGUCAGUUAACUCGUGACAAGUGAAUCAUUACAAGUGACAACGUGAAUCCUAUAUAACACCGGCCUAUAGGUAUCGCCAGUCACCUCACUGAGACAGAUCAUGGAUUUACAACUCGGAAUUAAGAUUGCCGGCAAGGUAAAAAAGAGAUGGUUUGAUGGCUGGAUGUCUAUCUGUCCGUUGUCGAUUUCGCCUGCUUUCAUUUACCUGUAGAUUUACAUGUCAAAUGAUCAAAACAUUGUCCUAAGCAAUUAAGUAAAUUUGAAUAUGCGUAUGCAUGAGUCAGUCACCAGGAAUCACCUGCAUGGUACGUGUUUUAAUCUUCAUUUUAAACCUUAACAUGAUUUAAAUUCGCAAUAUUAGUUAUACGCGUAACUUAAUACUUUGACAUUUAUUUCACCCACCACGUGCAAGCAGUUGAUGGUAACAACAAACGAUAUCCAAUGAACACUACUGGUGUCUGCUUAUACAAACUAUACUUCAGUUUCACGGAUGAGACAAUUCAAUCAUUCGCGGCAUGUCCGGCAAUUCCAAGAAAACACGUUGCAUUUUCCGUGGUUUAGCGAGAUGACCUCGUGGAAAGGAAUUAACUUUCCAGGAUAUCCUACCGCAAAGUACGAAAUGCACUCACAUAAUGUGGUGUUCAUUCUUCCUUCCGUUUGGACGAAACCAAUCGAUCUCAUUUCACAGUGAACAAUAGGUACACUUGCUCAUAGGCCUUUUCAGGAACUAUGGCCCGAAUGAAGAACUAUAUUGCAUGCACUUGUUAUUGCUGGCUGGCAAAUGAACAUCCUUAUGCAGUCCAGAUAGAACCUGACCGCGUCCCUUAACAAGUAGAAUUUACCACCUUUGAAAACAACAAAGCAGAA